AUGACAAGUCCUUCUCGCGCCUCGCAUCUACCUUCGUCGGCCUCGUACACGCGUGAGACGUAUAAGAGGAGGGAUGAACACAAAGCCAGGACUGGAAACGAACACGAAGAAAGCUAUGUCUUGACGCUACAUACGGAUAGGGACCAUCACAUGCUGUUGACCUCGCUACGCGACAAGUACUUUCCUCCUGCAAUCAACAAGUUGGCUGCGCACAUUGCGCUGUUUCGAGCCCUGCCAGGCUCACAAUUGCCUCGUCUCACACAUGACAUUACCCGUCUUACACAUUCACAAGCUCCUUUCAGCGUUCUCGCCAGCCAGCCUUUCCGAAUGAAACACGGUGUCGGCAUCCACGUGAAGGACGACUCGGGUCGCCUCAGGUCCAUCUACGAGGAUCUGAAAGCUCAAUGGACCUCGUUUUUGAGCCAGCAAGACCGAAGCUUCGCACCCCAUUACACCGUCCAGAACAAGGUCACAGAUGAUGCAAAGGUUGACCAAACCCUGAUGGAGCUCACCGAUCUGUUUCAUGGCAGUCGUGGUCAGGCUCUGGGAUUGAGCCUCUACAGAUACGAACGCGGAUACUGGAGGAAGGUUGAAGACUUCAUAUUUGGAGACAGAAAGGUGCUGGCCAGCGUCGGACACGAAUGA